AAUUAAUAUUCUCAGCUCGAUUCGACCUUCUCUCCUUCAAUGGAGGCCCCACCACCACUCCUCCCCGCCGCUCCUCCCGCCCCGGCGCCCGCCGUCUAUGCCGACUCUGUCGACUCCUCCCCCCGCUCCCGCCACACAGACUCCUGGGACACUGAGCCGCCGCCUCCGCCGCAGAAGCUCCGUCUCAUGUGCAGCUAUGGCGGCCACAUAGUCCCCCGCCCCCACGAUAAAUCCCUCUGCUACAUCGGCGGAGACACUCGCAUCAUCGUAAUUGACCGCCACACCUCCCUCUCCGACCUCCGCCACCGACUCUCCAAAACCCUUCUCAACAACCAAUUGCUCUCGCUCAAAUACCAGCUCCCCAGCGAGGAUUUAGAUUCCUUAAUUUCGGUCACUACCGAUGAGGAUCUCGAGAAUAUGGUGGAGGAGUACGACCGCCUCAAUAGUCCUGGGGCUGCCGCCGGCGGGUUGAAGCCUGGCCGCAUCCGCCUCUUUUUGUUUCCCCAAUCGUCGGCGAAUAUUGAGCAGCUCCUCGUUGAGACGGCGUCGACUAAAUCGGAUGAUUGGUUCUUCAACGCUCUCAACGGUAAGUCGAGUACGAUGUCGGCGGCGGCGAGUGAUCGCGGAUUUUCCGAGUCUUCUUCGGUUAAUUGCCUACUCGGAUUGGACGAUGAAUCGAUGGGGAAGGCGACAGCGGCUGGAAAAGAUUCGGAAGGUCAAAUUGAAGUGGCGAAAGUUGGUGGGAAUGGAAACAGUGGAGCGAAUCAGGAUGUGCAUUCUGUUCCCGAUUCUCCAAUGCUCGAGACGACGUCAUCGUUUGGGUCAACUUCUAGCUCGCCAUCGGUGGCGAAUUUGCCGCCGAUUAGGGUUCAUGUCGAUGAGAAUCAGAAGAUGGGGGCCGUGGGAAUUGAGGAUCAGUUUCAGCAGAUGACUGCGGGGGUUGCGGCGAAUGUCAAUUUUGCAGCGACUACGAAGACGGACGAGGCAGGGAGUUUUGUGGCGGCCGGAGUUUCUGCCGGUGGGUUGGUUGCUGGGGUACCGAUGAUGGUUGGUGGCGAUCCCCCAAAUCGGGUAAUUUCUGACGAUGAGAGAUCAUAUCCUGGAGGAUACAGGAGGGUACAACAAAUCCAGCCACAUGUACAAUCACAAAUGCAGCUGCAGCAGCAGAUUUCUCAGGCUCAAUUUCAGCAGAAACAGAGUGGUGGCUUUGAUUUGGCUUCUCCAGAUUCCGCUUCUAGUGAAGGAGGUAUAAGAAACCCCCUAUCCAGUCAGAGACAACCUGUUUAUCAAGAGCAAAUCAUACAAAUUCAAUCUGGAAACAAUAUGGUUGCUGCUAAUCAAGCUGAACUGAAAUCUGGUGAUCAGAAUGCUAAUAAGAUUCAGAUGCAGCAACACGUUCAAGAAUCGGGCUACGUUAUAUCGAACCAAUAUGAUCAGAAUCAUCCCCAAAUCCAUCAUCCCCAACAAUUUGUUCAUUCCGGCAACCAGUAUAUACCCGCUGGAGCGAUGCCGUAUGGGUCAUACUACUCUGUUUAUCCUUCCCAGCAGCAGCAGCAGCAGCACCAUCAACACCAGCAGCCCGUGCUCGACCAGCAGCCGUUCUACUUCGUCCCUGCUAGACAGCCCCAACCUUAUAACAUGCCUAUACAGCAACAAGGUUAUAGCGAAAUGGCCCCAAAUGUCCCUUCCGUUCGCCCUCAGGCUCCUGCUGCUGCUGCAGCCACCCCUCACGUGGCUUACAGCCAGCAAGUGAACGCUCCUUCCUCCAAACUCGAGAUGGCUACAGGGGUGUACAGAACGGCAGCUGGAGCUACUCAGCAUAUGGUGCAAGUCCCGUCUAGCCAGCAACAUCAACCUCAAUAUGUCGGGUUCACUCAGAUGCAUCAUCCGUCUCAAAUGAUGGCUCCAUCUUCAGCAUCUAAUUCUGCUUAUACGUAUGAAUUUACUGACCCGACACAGGCUCAAAUGUAUUUUACUCAGGCUAUGCCGCAGCAGUUCUCUGCUCAGUACCAGACCUUGACGUCAGCACCUCAAGGCGUUUCGCCUGAUGCUUCAUCUCAUGCUUCCUCGGAGAACAUGAAGCAGCAGCAAGUUAGGACUAUGCAGCAAUAAUGACAAGUUUGGUUAGCUGCUUCUAUGAUUUUUAUUAGAAAUGAGUCACUCACUCCUUAAAAGGCCUUAUAAGGGAGAUGGUUAUCCACACUUAACGACAGGUUUGAUUAGCUGCUUCUAUGAUUUUUAUUAGAAAUGAGUCACUCACCCCUUAAAAGGCCUUAUAAAGGAAGGGUUAUCCACACUUAUAUAGAUGAGCUAGGAUUCAUACACCAAGCCUAUGUGGGACAAGAUUUAAGAGUUUUAGCACGCCCCUCACGUGUGGGCCGGAAUGACACAUCGGACUUCCAUCACGUGGGUGGGCAAGGGAAGGGAUAAAGAGAUAAAAUCUAUCAUCGACUUGGGCCCGCUCUGAUACCAUAUUAGAAAUGGGUCACUCACCCCUUAAAAAGACCUUAUAAAGGGGAGGGUUAUCCACACUUAUAUAGAUGAGUUAGGAUCAUACACCAAGCUUGUGGGACAAGAUUUAAGGAUUUUAACAAUUUUUAUGGUGUAGUUGAAUCUGUGUGGUUUAUUA